CCACACUGUGCAUUUUCCCUGCUGAAGUCCUACCGCCAGCGCACAAGCACCUCAGCGCCUAGCAUAAGGGAUGGAAGGGCUGACAAAAUGUAGGGGCUAUCUCUGUCCCGUCCUUAUUUCGAGAUUUUCUGCAUCCAUCAACUGCCACUGUCACUGUGCUGAAACAGGUUUAAUGAGGAGGGGAUUGGGGAACGAGUCAAGGCAAUCAAGGCAAGCUCUGCACCGCCAGGACCCCACUACAUGGGAAGGAAGGCCAUCCCGCCUCCCUCUAUUACCUCUCUCUCUCUCUCUCUCUCUCUCUCUCUCUCUCUCUCUCUCUCUGUCAUUCAUUUUUCGAAGCUGCAGCACUGAGCAGGACCCACGCAAUUGCUGUCCUCCGGGGUUCACAGGCGAGGAAGGGACACCAAGGUAUGUAAGAUCCCGGACGACAGCCCUUACUUGAUGAGGCUCGAGAGCGGUCAGUUCUCGUAUUUCAUAAGCGACCCUUUAAAAACUAUAUGAAAAUUCGUUCUCAAGAAGACGUGCUCCUCUGUAAUGGAGAAAUACGAAAAAAUUGGGAAGAUUGGAGAAGGCUCCUAUGGGGUAGUGUUCAAGUGCAGAAACAGGGACACGGGUCAGAUCGUGGCCAUCAAGAGGUUUCUGGAAACCGAAGAUGACCCUGUCAUAAAGAAAAUCGCCCUUCGAGAAAUCCGCAUGCUCAAGCAACUCAAGCAUCCCAACCUUGUCAACCUCCUGGAAGUCUUCCGGAGGAAGCGGAGGCUUCACCUGGUGUUCGAGUAUUGCGACCACACGGUGCUCCACGAGCUGGAUAGGUAUCAGAGAGGGGUACCAGAGCCUCUCGUGAAGAACAUAACUUGGCAGACACUACAGGCUGUAAACUUCUGUCAUAAACACAGCUGCAUACACAGAGAUGUGAAGCCGGAAAACAUUCUCAUCACCAAACACUCAGUCAUUAAGCUCUGCGACUUUGGCUUUGCACGGCUUCUCACUGGACCAGGUGACUACUACACAGACUAUGUGGCCACCCGGUGGUACCGCUCACCUGAGCUGCUCGUGGGGGACACACAGUACGGUCCCCCAGUAGACGUCUGGGCAAUUGGCUGUGUGUUUGCUGAGUUGUUGGCCGGUGUGCCUUUGUGGCCAGGAAAAUCCGACGUGGAUCAACUCUAUCUGAUAAGGAAAACCCUGGGGGAUCUCAUUCCCAGGCACCAGCAAGUAUUUAGCAUGAAUCAAUACUUCAGUGGGGUGAAAAUUCCAGACCCUGAAGACCUGGAAACACUUGAGUUGAAGUUUCCAAACAUCUCCUCCUCUGCACUGGGCUUCUUAAAGGGCUGCCUCCACAUGGACCCUGCCGAGAGGCUGACAUGCGAACAGCUGUUGCAGCAUCCGUAUUUUGACAGCAUUCGAGAAGUUGGGGAGUUGACGAGACAACAUGACAAACCAGAGAGGAAGAUCCUGAGGCAGAGUAGAAAGCACUUGACUGGGCUGCAGUACCUACCUCAGCUAACCAGCAGCCGCAUCCUUCCAGCUUUGGACAAUAAGAAGUACCACUGUAGCACCAAGAGAUUUAACUACCAUUUUCCAAAUAUUUAAGGAGCUGGCAGAGUAACGAAGAAUUGAUCAGUAAUUUGAAGAAAAAAUGUACACAUUUGAUUCCUGUCUUGAACACACACCAGGAGAAAACAAACAGGAAGCUGGAGGCCAUUUGCCAGGAUAUGAAGGGAAAUUCCAGAUCCAGAUCUCCAUGCUUGGUGGAGGUGUCCAGAGAAGGAAGCGAAAGCUUGGGGUUUCCCUGAGUCUUCGUUGAUCUAAGAAGCAGAGCUCAUGGAUAGAAUACAAACUGUAUCUACUGCCCACAGCUGCAACAUUAGAUAAUGUCAAAAGACCCAUGUUUCAGUGUGCUCUCCGCUACGUGCAGAAAGUGGAUCAAGAAAUGUCCGUAUACAUUUCUUUAGAUGUGUUACCUUGAGUCCUAUCUCCUAUGUUGUUUGCAAAUCACAUUUAAGUAUGAUUUCAGCCCCUGAAAUCAAAAUGUUUGUGAUUCUAUUUCUUGUUUGCUCUUUCUUGAUUUUUAUGGUCUAAGAAUUUUUUAGAAUUAUCUAAGUUGAUCCAAAUAUCUAGAAUCAUACAGAUGACCUUAAAACCAUGAGAUAUUACAUGUCUUACAUAUAAUUUUAUCUUUAAGAUCAGGAAAGGAGAGAAGACCCACAGCCCUCACAGGAUGUACUGAAUGGACCUGUCAACCUGAAAGUAAUUAGCACUUCAGUAUUCAGCUCAGACUGAAGACUGUUUAAGCAAAACUCAUGCAAUUUGAUCUGAGUGUAGACAUGGCUAUUUAUGAACAUUAAUUUCAAUCAGGAAACAUAUAUGUUAAUUGAUAUUCUCUCCUUGAUAUAUUUUAUUAUAUGUGUAUGUCUGUGAGCACACAUUUAUACCCUUAUACAUAUGUGUAUACACACACACACACAUAUAUACAUAUAUAUGUAUAUAUAUGCUAACAGAUAUGGAACAACCAAUAAGAAAGUGGUUAAAAAGUUACUGCCAAGCAUUCUUAGUUUUAAACAGUGCAACUUAAAAUUAAAAUUACCUUUGAUUUGGUUUAUUACUCCUAAUAAAAAAGUAUUUCUUCCCUGUCCCUGGACAUGGGCAAUGUCAGCCCCGUGUUAGUUUCUCACUAAUACUUCUGGCCGAUGUGCUGCUGGCUCCCAGGAGUUCUCUCAGGCAUGGAUUUCAAAGCUCUGGUCUACUGCACCUUCAGAACAUUUCUUCUGCACUCGUUUCCUUCCUGUGUUAACAUCAUGUCAUCACUUACUGCUGUGUAGUUCACUAAAUCCUAUCAUCUGUUCAAUAUUCUUGGCUACUCUAAGGCAAAGUAAGGCUUCCUAAAUUCAUAUAGUUUCUACCAUAGACCUGACAGUGGGUUAAAUAACAGCUCCAGGAUCAUUCAAUUUUUCUUGCCAUGAUGUAAAUGACAAGGAAGUAUAUUAACUUCUGAGAAUAAUUAAGUUGUCCUUUCCCCCUUAAAUCAAUAAAAAUGUAUUUGAUGAAG